AUGAUCAAAUUCGAGACAAAUCUCAAAAUACCUCACAAUCCUCUGAAGCAGGACAGUACUGUUUCAAAUUUUCGCCUAGCAACUCCUAGUUCACUGCCUCUCAUUCAAACGAGCGAUGUCACUGGAGAGUCAAACGAUACUGGGAACAACGGAGCCAUGGGCACUCCGCAACCUAAUACUCUCGAACAAGACGUGACAGCUGAUCAGUUAUCUCUCCAUGAUAGCAUAGGCAAUGUUCAUGCGUCCUCAGACAUUUGGAGUGCCGCUUACCGUGAAGCAGUUGAUAGUCUUGGAGAGGAAAUCACUACUGCCCUAAGUGGAAAGACUAUCGAACAGCUAUUCAAAGAACUCGAAGAAACUGAACACGAAGCGACUCACGAAUCUGCUUUUCUAAGAGGAGUGCAGCGGUUACGUUCCUUGAAAACGCCUCUCGACAACUUCAAGCUAGCAUUGGAUCUGGCGAGCCCACUGGCAAACCUUGAACCAACCGCAACCACGGUUUUUGGUGUAGUCAGAAGCGUGACAGCGAUUGCCAUUACGUUUGCGAACGCUGAUUUGGACUUUGCGAAACAAAUUGCGGAUAUGUUGGAACGGAUCUCUUACAUUGAUGAGUGUGACACACUAGGCCGGAAAGUCGAUAGAAAAGACAUUCACCAGGCACUCGUAUCUGUUUACCAAAAGAUCUUAGAGUUCUACAAUGCCGCCCUUAAGAUACUAACCAGGAAAGGCGCAAAAUUGGUCCUGAGGAUGGUCUUAGAGAAUGGUCGCCUUCCGGACAUUAUCCAAGAAUUCUUGACAAAUGCCAAUAAACUCCAAGCGGUUAUACAGAAAGCGACUUUGGAUAUUCUGGAUGAUUUCCAAAACGUAGUCUAUACCAACGAAUUUGCUCAAUGGUUCGGAAAAGACAAGCUUAGCCGGCAGAGCGAACUCCUCAGUGAAUGGCAGGGACGUCGAGCUAAUCAGGCUUGCCAAUUCUUGCUGGAAAAUCCAAAUUUUAACAACUGGUAUAACACUUCUGAAUCUCAGCAGUUGGUGAUUCUCGGUGAUAUGGGCCAUGGAAAAUCCUAUGCAAUGGCAUUUCUUGCAGACAAGCUGAUUCAAAAAAACAAAUUUCGGCUACCCCGACCCGCACUAUGCCAAUACUAUUGUCUGGAUAAGGAGACAGGAAAGGCUACUUCUGUACUCUCUGCUUUGACUUAUUCGCUUCUGAAUCAAUUUCAAGGUCUGCGGAAGCCAUUCUUCGAGCGUUAUCAACAGGCUAAGGUUUCUGAUCUUGAUCCUGUGUCAAACACUGCCACGAUGGAAAACUUCCUGCAAAAUAUGCUAGAAACAAUUGACCGACCCGUUAUUGUCGUGAUUGACGGCAUAGAUGAGUGCGAUGAUGACUCUCGAAACAGACUUCUCAGGUUUCUGAGAACUGUAUCGCAAACCACUUCGGGAAUCAAAGUUAUACUCUCUGCUCGUCCGCGAGAAGAAAUUUUGGAACAGUUAGACGAUAUGACUCGGAUCGAAAUGGGGUCUGACCCUGAGCGAGACCGUAUUAUCGUUGAGAAAACCCUUGAAAUACUAUCGUAUUUAUCACCAGAACUCAAGGCGCUUGUCGGAAAAAAACUGUCUGAACGAGCGCAAGGAAGCGCUAUAUGGACAAGGAUGAUAAUUGAGCUUAUCAAAGUUCGUCAUCUCACGACAAAGCCUGCUAUCAAAAAGUUUCUGGAAGAAAUGUCCCUCCCUGAAAAGCUCUCGGAAGUCUACGUCUCUUUACUUUUACGUUGUACUUCAGAUGAUGGUGAAAAUCGGCAACUUGCUGUUACAGCUUUGAAAAUUCUCGCUGUCAGCCACAGACCUUUGAGCAUACUAGAGCUAUCCUGGGCGGUGGCGUUGAGCCUGGCUGACCGCGUCACGACCGUGGAAGCCCUUGCUGAGCUGGUGGACCAUCAAAGGGUCAUGGGUUUUAUCUAUCCAUUCAUUGCUUUACCCGAUUACGAUAAACUAAGAAAACCUCAAGUGCGACUCACACACAAGACUGUGAAGGAAUGGGUCUUAACGUUGCCUGAUCCAAAAGUUUCAUCCUUGAAAGAGACUGAUCAAAUAGUCCACGUUUCAAAAAGUCUGGACUCAUUUAUGGUCGAUAUUUGCACCAAGUAUCUGCUCUUGGAUGAUAUUGGCAAUAAAGAUCUGUUCUCAGAGGAACAAGCAGCAUUCGCAGAACUACCCCAAAUAUCUGAAUUAUCCAGCGAUGAUGAAGAGUCGCUCGAGUAUGAUCCAAACUGCACUUGGGAAUCCUGGGAAGAUGAUAUGGCUAGGUUUGACCCGGUUGAUCGAGGCUUUGGCGAAUUUUUCGUCUAUGCAUCGUGCCAUUGGCUAGAUCAUUUUGGUUGCAUCACGGCCGAACCUCUUCCAAGCCUAGCAAGUAUUGAAAAAUUAUGCCAAGCGGGGUCCACUCGUCUUCGCAAUUGGAUUCAGCAGAACAGUCGCCCAGGCUGCACAAUGAUGCCCAGAUUUGAAUUUGAUAGCAAUCUGUACGAUCCCCUAAGCAUAACUUCGAUAUAUGGCUCAGUAGCCAUACUGAUUGAUAUGCUGAGGAAGUCGGACUUUGGCAACGGUAAAUUUCUUCAGGGGUCAGCUAUAAAGGCUGCCGAUCAGAUUCUCCAGUGGGGUGACAUAUCAAGACUCCAGAUACUGUUCUUUGAUGAUCAGCUCGGUCAUCAACUACAAAAUCUUGAGCUUUUUCGGCUUAUCAUCAAAACAUGGGACAAAGCCCGACUUAUCACCAAUCCAUGGCACAAAGGACGCCAAAACUGGGAUCUUAUAUUUGACCUCGUCGAUAAUGUAUCAGACCAAAUGAUUGAGCAACAUUGGGGAAAUGAACUACUGUGCUUUGCUGCCAGUGCAGGGUGUAUGCCCAUAGUACAGCGGUUGAUGACAAGCGCUCAGCAUAAGGGAGAGCUUAGGGAUGAACUGCUACGUGAGACCAAGUUCGAAGAAACACAGUCAUCAUUUGACAAAUCAGCACAUCAAUCGAUCGAAAAGGCUGUUCUGGGGAAGGAAUCACGUUAA